GACGUCUCUUCCCUCUUCAAUUUGGUCUGGAGGCGGAGUUGUCGAUUGGAAGCCGAGUGCAAAUCCUAGAGUCGUUUGAGAGGGCAAGAGUUUUUAUUGUUGGUUGUGAAGCAGAUGCUUCUGCGAUUUUAUGUACUGUCGAAUGGGUUCCAUAGAGGCAACUUCAUCAGUUCAUAAUCAGGAGAAAGGUCUCUCCUUAUCAUUGCCUCGUUCUUUUCUGCACUUUCUGGAGGAAAAUGGAUUGGACCCAUCGAUUUAUGCCAUGAUAGAAACAAUUCCACGCUACAUAAGGGUAAAACCAGGCUGUGAGUCACAACUUGUGGAGAUUGAAAAUGAACUCAAGUGCAGGCUCGAGAAGGUCUCGUGGCUUUCGGGUUUUUUUGCCAUCCCAUCUCAGAUUCAAAUUGCUGGUUCUAAGGCAUAUCAACAAGGAAAGAUCUAUGGGAUGGAUGCAGCUUCAGGAGCUGCUGUGUCAGCCUUAAAUGUCUCACCGGCAGAUCAUGUUCUUGAUCUGUGUUGUGCACCAGGUGCCAAGCUGUGCAUGCUAGCAGAUCUUCUUGGUAACUCUGGUUCACUGACUGGUGUUGACAUUGCAAGAGCCCGUCUGGCAGCCUGCCGUACAAUGUUGCAAAAGUAUUCCUUGGGAGAUCAUUGCCGGCUUUUUGUUGCUGAUGGAACAUCAUUCUCCCUCUUGCCAGUGAGGUCUUGCAUGGAAACAAAACCAUGUUUGAGUGGCAAGAAUGACCCUGAUAUAUUUGCUGAAUGGACUGCCAAGAGAUCAUGGAGAGAACGAAAGAAAGCUGCCAAAGCAGGAAACAUUGCUGAUUUAGAUCAAAUUAAAUCAACUUCACCGGAGCUAAUUUUCUAUGGCAGAUAUUCCGGGGUUGUAGGAUUAUGCAAAAAUGAACUCUUUCGUGCAGUAGAUGAACCAUCAUUUUCUGGCUAUGACAGGGUCCUCGUUGAUGCAGAAUGCACUCAUGAUGGAUCACUGAAACACAUCCAGAAGUUCGAGGAUUGGGGAUGGGAAACAUUAGAGCGUCGAGUACUUGAUGCUAAAAGAACAGACUCUUUGCUCCACCUUCAGUUACAACUUUUGACAAAUGGUUUCAGAUUGCUAAGAGUUGGGGGAACACUUGUAUAUAGCACUUGUAGUUUAACAGUUGCCCAAAAUGAGGAUGUGGUGAAGCAGUUCCUCUCAAGAAAUUCUUUAGCUGAGCUACGACAUGUGGAAGCUUCAGCCAUCUGGCCGUGUAGAAGUGGAGGAAUUCCGAAUACAUUACGCUUUGACCCGAAAACAUCCCAAACUAGUGGGCUAUUUAUUGCGAAGUUCACAAGAUUGGCAAGUUGAUCAAGGCUCAUGAAUUCCUCGAUGGGGAUUCGAGUUGUUACCGCAGAGUUACCUGUGAUAUGAUGCAAUGCAAUGUAUGGUUGAGGAUGUCAAAGUUAUCUGUCAUCCAUGCAGAAGCAGCAUUUUAUUAAGGAUAUCAACCUAUGGGUGCUUCGGCCGGAGCACAAUGUAGUCAAAGUUAUAAUCGGUUAGAAUGGAUCCUUGUCAGGAUGUUAACUGCAUCGAUCCCAUCUUAGAAGCAUGACAGGAUGAUUGAGAUGUUAAUGCAUGUGAUAAUUGCUGCUCUGGCAUGUUGAUGAUCAUUAUUCACUGGCUUCAGCGAGAGAUUCUUUUUUGCCUCUCUUAAGUGUUUGCUGCUUUGUAUCUCAAGUCUUGCAUUGCCUUCUCAACUGGAUGUCAGUGAGGAGUUUCUUAACACCCUCAUUUACUCUUUCAUGCAUUUAUUGUACAUUUAAUCACACAAUGUAUCUUUUGGUAGUGUUGAACGAAUACAAUUGACUGUUUUCAACUCAAA